GCAAUUCAUUGCCACUUUUGUUUUUCGAACAUCUCCUUACAAUGACACUUUAUCAUUUGAUACAACUUGUACUACGACAUAUAUUAUUUCCAGUCAUCGUGACAAGUUGGUAGAAUAACUGCUAGAAUAACUGCGGAUGUGCAAGCUGCUGCAAUUAUAAAUUGCGUAACCACUGCAAUUAGCAAACGUCUCUUGAGAUAAUUAAUCGACAGCUGCAAUACAAUGGAACCUUUUGAAAUAUUGUGCGGCAUUGCUGCGAUAUGUCUCGCUGUUUAUUAUUAUUUGACAUCAAACUAUGACUUUUGGAAAUCACGUGGCGUUCGCGGUCCGAAACCGUUACCGGGUUUCGGUAAUUUCAAAGAUGUCAUAUUCAAUAAAAAAUUCACUGGUGACUAUUUGAGGGAUAUAUAUAACGAGUACAAAGAUGAAGACAUGAUUGGAAUAUUUGCUAGAAAAACCCCAAUCCUUCGUAAAAAUCCAGAAUUAAUUAAAAAUAUACUCAUUAAAGAUUUUUCCAAUUUCGCAAACAGAGGACGUCCUGUUAAUGCAAAAGCUGCUCCAUUGUCGCAAAAUCUUGCUAGCUUGGAACAUGAACGAUGGCGACCUUUAAGGACAAGAUUGUCGCCCGUUUUUACAUCCGGUAAAUUAAAGGAGAUGUUCUCUUUAAUGUCGGAAUGCGCCGAUCAUCUUGAACAAUAUAUAGAUAAACUAAUUGACAAGAACGAACCGGUAGAAUGUCGCGAAUUGACAGCCAAAUUCACGACCGAUGUAAUCGGUACAUGCGCUUUUGGCCUAGAGAUGAAUGCUCUAUCGGAUGAAGACAGCGAAUUUCGCAGGAUGGGAAGAUUAAUUUUCGCGCCAAGCUGGAAAACUUAUUUACGUUCAACAAUAACAGAAUUCAUGCCACGGCUGUACGGAGUGAUCCAUUAUCUUCUACCACACUCUGAGAUAACCACAUUUUUUACACGCGUUGUUAGAGAUACUAUGAAAUAUAGAGAAACGAAUAAUGUCAUUAGGCACGAUUUCAUUGAUAUUCUGCGCGAAUUAAAAAAACAUCCAGAUAAAGUAGGCAAUAUCAAAUUAACCGAAAGUUUAAUAACUUCUCAAGCAUUUGUAUUUUUCGUUGCUGGCUUUGAAACUUCAUCGACGACCAUAAGCAAUGCACUCUAUGAAUUGGCAUUAAAUCAAGAUAUACAGGACAAAUUACGUGCGGAAAUUGACGAAGAGUACAUUAAGAACGGUAGCAAUUUAAUAUAUGAGAACGUAAAGAAGAUGAAUUACUUGGACAAAGUUUUCAAAGAGACUUUACGGAAAUAUCCGCCAGGGACAGUUCUUAGAAGACAAUCAAUAUCAAGUUAUACUUUCGAGGGUACUAAUGUUAGUAUACCAAAAGAUCAAACGGUAUGGAUUCCGAUUUUCGCUAUUCAUCGGGAUUCGAAUAUUUAUCCGAAGCCAGAUAUUUUUGAUCCAGACAGAUUUGCUGACGAAGUAGUGCAAACCAGGCAUGCGAUGCAUUAUCUACCUUUUGGUGAUGGACCAAGAAAUUGCAUUGGUGCUCGAUUCGCCAUUCAUCAGACAAAGAUUGGUCUUAUAAAGAUACUACGAAGCUAUAAAGUUGAAACUUGUGAUAAAACGCAAAUACCCUACGUAAUUGAUCCUAAUGCGAUUUUAUUAGCUCCAAAGGGUGGAAUACAUUUGAAAAUAACAAAAAUCAAUCGUACUUACAAUUAGUUGAAAUUUUGUUAUUUCUCUUAGGAAGCAUGCGUGGAGAAAUGUAAUUUAGUGAUUUUUAAUUAUAAUUAAUUGUUAUUAUAACAAUUAUGUUAAUUGUUAAAAUAAUCUAUGUCAAUAAUAUUUUAAAUUUAGAAAAACGCAAUAAUAAAGUGCAUUUUGUAAUCAAGUAUAGUUAAAGUACAUAUCAAAAUUGAAUACAUACUAUAUCAAUAUUUAUGUUAUUAUAUCAAUUCAGAAGAUUCUGAUAAGCUUAGAGAAAAAGAGAAAAAAGGAAGGGUAGAUAAAAAUUAUUUAAUACAAAUAUUCAAUACGAUAUAUACUUUUCAGAUAUAGAUUAAAAUAUUGCACCGAUACGUAAAACUAAUUUUUAAUUAUAAUUAA